CAGUGCAUAUAAUGGUGCAUAUAAUCAGUUUUCUGAAGUCAUAUGAUGGAUUUGUGUGUAGACUGUAAACGUGCUUUGUCUUUGGGUAACUGGUGUUGGGUGCAAGUCAGGGGCAAAAGUCAUUUGCAACAGAAGCUUUAGAGUACUUUCGGUUUCAUCCAGCCUCUAGAAUUCCUUCAUGAGAACUGUCACGCGAGGAGGAGCGGACUGUGUGACGCAUAACACUUCCAGUCAAGACUACCCUUCUCCUCCGAGGAAAUGCACGCUCAAUUGGUGAUGACGAAAAGCUUAUGGGAGAGUAGGAAAGGACCGUGUUGGAUCGCCAUGAGUAGAGCGAGUUUGGGGAAGUGAGAAGUGCUGCUUUAGCGCCCCCUUACAACGGCCAUGAGGAAAUGCCAGCUGUGCGCUUAUGUUUUUCUGGUUCUAAUCAGCCAGUCAAAUACAAUAGCAUAUUUUGCACGUGGACGUGAAAAUUGUUCUGAAAGUGAAUACUGGAAUGAGAAGGGAUUCUGCUGUAAUAAAUGUCAUCCAGGGUCUAAAUUGAAAGCAUUAUGUCCUGAACUAAACAUGAGGUCUGAAUGUGAGAAAUGUGAGGCUGGAACCUAUCAAGAUGUCUCAAACUAUCAUAAAAACUGCUUCAGAUGCAAGGAGUGCAACAAACCCCAUUCCGAAGAAAUAUCAAAAUGUACAACCAAAAGCGAUCGGGUGUGUGGUUGUGUGCUUGGAUACUACUAUAAGAAACUAGAUGGGUUGACAUGGGUUUGUAAGGAGUGUAAGAAGUGUGGACCUGGUCAGCAUGAAACUGUGAAAUGUUCUGGUGAUCAGAAUACACAGUGUAAAUGCAAUGAAAACCAUUACCAAGUCAUGGGAAAAAACAUCUGUGAGCCGUGUGCUAAAUGUCAGAAGGACUGUCCAGACGUGUGCAUAACCACCACACCUCGUAACCCUGUUGAGUCCGCCAGCCCAAUUAGUCCUUCAGGCACAUUACCACAAAUACUGGUCCCCGUUUGUGGAUGUAUCACGGCUCUAGCACUGGGAGUGUUCAUGUUAUACGAAUGCAUCAGACUUUGGAAGAAAAAGAGGCAAGCUUUGUCAUCGGAGAAAUCAUUAACUGCCCUCGAAGAUCAGAAAUUGAUUAUUAGAGUGGAACCAAACACAAUAUGUGAGAGUGUUUCUUUUGCAAACCAGCCGUGUAAGACAGAACAAAGUGGAAAACUCCCAGACUGCGUCCCAAGAGAGAUCAAAAUUCACGAAUUCUUCUAUUUUGUGCUGGACGAGGUGCCGAUUGGACGAUUUAAAGAACUUGUACGUCGGCUCGGUGUUUCUGAGCAGAACAUUGACAGGGCAGAACAAGACCACCGGAACUGCAAAGAUGCCCACUACCAGAUGCUGAAGGUUUGGAGUGACAGUGGCAGAGGAGGAGGGAGCAAUGUUUUGCCAUUUCACCGCAUCCAGAUGUUCGUAUGCACUCUGAGGGACAUGUGUUUGGUUAACUGUGCAGACAACAUCGAGAACAUGUUCCUUUCACAGGACACAAGUGCUUCACGCUGAAACUGCUGAAAGAGAAUGAAGAAGAGGGCAUUAAUAGAGAACUUAACCUUUCACCAAUUUCCAAUGGAUUCCUUUAAGAGCAAAACUGGGUCUUCAGCUGAAUUUUUGUCAUUUUAUUUCAUGUUUCCAGUUGUUUGAAGAUUUCACACUAAUUUUUUUUUUGUUUGUUUUUUAUGAGCAUGCAUAUGUUCUGUGUUAUAUGUUUGAAUGUUAUCCAGACUUUUGUUAGUGAAUGUAUCUGAAUGAGAGUGGUGGGGUGGUUGGGAUUUGGGUUGUAAUUUUUACAUAUAUGUAAUGGAUAUAACAUAAUCAUGCAUAUUAUCUCCCAGAUCAGUUCUCC